AUGGUUUGUGAAACUAGGUUAUGGUCGGUGGUGCUUUUUUUCUUCAGUACUGCAACAUACAUGCAACAUUGUGUUGUUGGAGAGCCUCAAGUUCCUUGUCUUUUCAUUUUUGGAGACUCUUUAUCUGAUAGUGGAAACAACAACAAAUUAUCAACAGAUGCAAAAGUUAAUUAUUUGCCUUAUGGGAUUGACUUUCCAGAUGGCCCAACUGGAAGAUUUACCAAUGGCCGAACUUCAGUUGACAUAAUCACUCAACUUUUGGGAAUAGACAAAUUUAUCCCACCGUAUGCAAAUACCAAGGGUUCAGACAUACUUCUAGGUGUGAAUUAUGCAUCCGGUUCAGCAGGGAUUCGCAAUGAGACCGGCACACAUUUGGGUGAGGAUAUCAGUUUGGGAUUGCAGCUACAAAAUCACAAAGACAUAGUUUCCCAGAUAGCUAAGAAACUUGGAAAUGAAGACAAAGCACAGAAAUACCUAAAUAAGUGUUUGUAUUAUGUGAAUGUAGGGAGCAAUGAUUACUUAAACAAUUACUUCUUGCCAGAUCAUUACCCAUCAAGCCGAAAGUAUACUCCUGACAAGUAUGCUAGGGUUCUUGCCAAAGAAUAUUCAAAGCAAUUAAAGGAUUUGCACAAACUGGGAGCAAGAAAGUUUGCUUUGAUUGGCUUGAGCCGUCUAGGCUGCGUUCCACAUGAAAUUUCUGUUCAUGGAAAAAAUGGGUCAAUGUGUGUUGAUGAGGAGAGUAAUACAGCACUCAUUUUUAAUGACAAGCUUAAAGCUGUAGUUGAUCGUUACAAUAAAGAGUUAUCUGGUGCCACUUUUAUCUUAGUUAACAGUGCUGUGAUCAAAUACGAUAACCCUCAAUUACCAGAUGCUAGUUGCUGUGAAGUGGGGUCGAAUGGGCAGUGCAUCCGUGAUAAGGAACCAUGCAAGGACAGGAACCUAUUUGCAUUUUUUGAUGCAUUUCAUCCCACUGAGAUGGUCAACCGAGUCACUGCAAUAAGUGCUUAUAAUGCUCCCAUUCCAUCCUUCGCAUAUCCCAUGGAUAUCAGUCAUCUUGUUAAGUUGUAA